AUGUCGACUAGUCCUCCUCUCAAAGAUUCGCACCGAGUUUCCUCCACUCUUCGCCGCAAAGCCCUCGCUGCGGCUAUCGAACUCGAAAGUCCCUUUGCCAUGGUUGCCUGUUCCAACUGCGCUCGCUCCGGCGAUACCUGCUACUUUGGAGAGCGUUCCAAAAAAUGUUCCUGUUGCAUUCGUAAGAAUGCUGACUGCGACGGCUCCUUCGCCCUUGAAGAAUUCCGGCGCGUCGCCGACGAGAAGAAAGUUCUUCAAGAAAAAUCUCGUCGGAAACGGAAAGAGAUCGCCCGUCUCCGUCGUGCGCUGGCCGAUGCUGAGUCCGAAGACAACAGCAUCCAGGAUUCCGUCUCCCAGCUGGAGACUAUUUCUUCCAAUAUGUUGCGUCGUGAGAUGCGCGCCCUGGGCGUGCUCGAGGAGCAGCCCCCUGAGUCCUCCGGCGCCUUUGCCGAUCCCGAGCUUCCCUGGAUGGAAGUUCCCAUUACUGAUUCCGUGGAUUGGGAAUUGGUGUUUCCCGCCUCCUCCGGCGACGACGGUGUAGAGCCUUCUUCGGCUUCCUGUGUCUCCUAA